CACACACAGUCACGUAGAGAGAAUGUUCAAACUCCUUACAGACAAUGGCAGAAGGAAAUGAACCCCGACUGCUAGCACUAGAAAAUGUUAUGUAAUAGUGCCGCCCUAAUUCUCCUCGGUCCUGAUGCAGGGUUUUGACCAAAAAUGUCAACUGUCCCUCUGUCUCCUCGAAUGCUGCCUGCCUGACUGUACCAGCAGCUAUUUUACCUCAGGUUCUCUCUUCGCAAGGUGGCGACCCCCUUCCCACAAUGCUACGCUUCCGAGCUUACGUGCUCUCUGCAGAAGGCGGGAUAAUCACCGGCAAACCAUCAAUGACCUAUUCCUUACUCUGUACGAAAUGGGCUUUGAGGAGAGACAGGUGCAGGCUGCUCUCCAGGCUGGAAUCCUCAAUGUUCAGGACGCUGCUGAGUGGUUGCUGCAAGGAGGGGAGUGCACCACACGACAACAGGAGUCAGUGUCCUUAACAGCUGGGGCAGUAUCGGCAUUUAAUCCACCCCUCGUCGGGAGAGCACACAGCAGUGUGGUCAGCCAGAGAGGCAACACUUCCAGCAGUGUAGAACCCCAGCAAGCAUUGUCCCUCUCCAGGAGAAACCAUAAUUUGAAGGAGUUCGAGGAGCAGCAGAGGGAGCGUGAUGCUCGACAAAUCAAAGCUGAGAGGCAAAAGAAGCAGAAGGAUCAUGAAUUGGCAUUGAAGAGAAUAGCCGAUGAUCGUGAAAAUCUGAAAGCAAAAUUGCUGCCAACCUGCCAGCCUGAUCCUCCUCCACAGAGCCAGAGGUUCGGGGACAAACUUCAAACAGCAGCGGGCAAACAUUGCAUCCUUGUGAUCAGGCUUCCAUCGGGAGACUCGCUGCGGGAGAGAUUCCGGGAGGAAGACACACUGCAGAGCGUGAAGGAGUAUAUUACACAGCAGUGCCCUGAGCUGUUGUCCAUCUCCCUUCUCCAGGGCUUUCCCAAGAGACAUUUCACAGACUCUGAGCUCGUCAGCACAUUGGCAGACCUGGGGCUGAGUCCUACUGCCACGCUGUGUGUACGGAAUGAGCAGUGCCUAGCUACUGCCUCCUCAGGACUGCUGCUGGAUACCCACAUGCUGAGGAUGCCCAGUGGGGAUAUUGUUGUGCCAGAGCAGCAGGCUGGAGCGUCUGCAUCCCAGCUGUGCUUGCAAUCACAGCACUCCACUCCCCGUACUUGGGGGCGAGGAGAGCUUCUGGGUUACAGGGUGAUCGACAGCCCGCCAUCCUCUAACAUGGACGAACCUCCAUCUGCUCCAGGACACAGGAUCCAGUCAGAUGUGAGAGAGGGUGGGAUGGGAGAACUAAUGGAAUCUCCAUCAAGAUCAAGAUCAGCACACAGCUGGGGGCGGGGACGAAGGCUGGCUGCAGCUGGUAACAGCAGCCACCCUAAUGAAGAGAAGCCCGUUGGAGAUGUCGCAGAAAGGGAGGCAGAGAUUCUCAUCCCACAGCAUCUGCUGAUCCCUCCUGCCUUUGACCCAGAACUGAUCUUUCGCCAAAAUGGAAACCGUAUCAGAAGUGGGUUUGAGCCUCGGUAUCAGUGGCCUCUUCAGGGUAACCGUCUUAGGGAGGGUAGAGAGGAGCCAGCAGUUCGGAAGAGUCAGGAGCAGCAGGAUCUGCCCAGUGUCUUGGCUCAGGCAGCUUUGGAUCGCCUGAACAAAGCAGCAGAGAGGCAGUCUCACCACUCGCCGCUGUCCUCACAGAAGAAGCUGUGCCGAGCCACACCAGUGCCUUCUCUCUUCAGUCUGGCAAUUGGUAGUGCAGUGGUGCUAAUGGCAGUGCCCAGUAUGCAGUACAGUCGAAGCUUGGCUUCUCUCACCCCAGAGCUGGCGGAACAUCUCCUCCACUACAUGAUCAAUGAGCGUCUCCUUCGGCCCAAAUCCUUUGAGAUUUUCUUUGGCUGUCAGAUUCAGAAGCUGGUGCUCGAUUGUUACCCAUACACCACCAAUGAGCUCCUGAGGAAACUGCGAGCAUUCCACUCCCUCAAGCACCUCAGCCUCUCAUCCUGCUCCCUAAUCACAGAUUCUGGUUUGGAGGUUUUCACUUCUUUGCAGAGGCUGCAGUAUCUGAACCUGGCAGUGUGUGUGAAACUUACCGACAACUGUCUGUGCAGCAUUAAAGGUCUUAGGUGCCUUUCCCACCUGGUCCUGGAUCAAACCAAAGUAAGCGACUCAGGAGUGAUGGAUUACCUGGGCGAUGCUCCCACGUCACUCGUCCACCUCAGUCUGAAUCAAACAGGUGUCAGUGAUCGGGUAUUGGCUGUGCUCCCUUCUGCAGUUCCACAACUUCGCUACCUCAGCAUCAAGCACACUAAGGUCUGUGAUGUUUCAGCCUUGAAGGAUCUCCCAUCUCUUCAAACCCUGCACCUGGACAACACAAGCAUCAGUGAGAGUUCCCUCCAGGCACUGGGUUCCCAUUCCACCCUCUCUUCACUCAGUGUGUCUGGCCUGCUAUCUCUGGGUGGCGAUGUCACCCUACAAAUGAUCUCGGGUCUUAAGUUGAUUCACCUGAAGCUGCCGGACAGACACUCAGUUAGUGAUCAUGGUCUCCGCUUCCUGUCUCACUUGGAUCGACUGCUAGAGUUGGACCUCACUGAUUACACUCACAUCACAGAUGAAGGUGUCAGCCAUCUUGGCCGGCUGCUGAGGCUGACCAAGCUGUCCCUGAGCAACACCCUGCUGACAGAUGCUGGGCUGGUUCACCUGCAGCCCCUGCUGCACUUGGAGGAGCUGUGCCUCGACCGCACCAGUGUGGGUAGUAGGGCAGUGGCCCACUGCAUCAGGAACCUGCCCCACUUACAGGUCUUGAGCUUGGCAUCGACCAGUAUUGGGGACACGGUGGUGACACAGGGGCUGAGGCACUGUUUGCAGCUGCUGAAGGUGAACCUGAGCCAGACUCGCAUCACAGACCGAGGCCUGAAGAACCUAAAGCAGACUAAGGUGGUCCAGGUGAACCUUGACAGAACAGGUGUGACGCUGUCUGGUGUCAGUGCACUAUUGGCAGAAUGCCCCAGAAUCACCAGUAUCCGUGCUAACAACCUGCAUGCCCUCCCUCUGGACCAGGCCUCUGAUGAGGAAAUGGUGGCUGAAGACUGAAAAGCAUCCUGUGGUGAAAGGAUGGUGUGUGAGUGACAGGACGCUGCUAACUUGUGCUCUCCCUGCCUUGGGAGUGAGAGUGGAGAGGGAGGAUUGUGUUGCAUCUAUCAUGUUUUGAUUUAUUUUGGAAAAUGAACAGGGAACUUUAUAAUCCAUGCUGUUCCUGCCCUGGAAUGUGUAACAGGACAGGAUAGCAGGAACAUUCACUCUGUCUGACCCUGGGAGUGUGUGAUGGGUUCACUCUGUGUCUGACUCUGGCAGUGUACGAUAGGAAUCUUACUUUGUAUCCAACUCAUGCUGUUCCCCGCUUUUCCCCUGUUGUCCUUGUUGCUGAAUUUGGAUGAGGAGAGUUUUGGAAGAAUAUUCCCUGCAACGUCCCUACAAUGACCAGCCCCCUGAAACCCAACAUACCAGCAAACACCACACUUUGAGGGUUGGGUGUGUUGAAAUUUUGAACAUGUCAGCUUGUACAGGGAGCGUAACUGCCAGGUUCAGCCUGACAGAAGCUGCUGUGAUCGUGGGUAUCUAAUCCAUAGGAAGUGAGACUUGCCUGGAACGUCUGGGAACUGAUCCCAAUGGGUGGGGUUCAGAUAUGGUAUCCAUUUCUCGCCCACCACCCUCACCGUCUCCCAGUGGCCUUGCAGGUGUGAAUGGUUUAUGUAAACUGAUAUUUCACAAGUAAAUCACUUUGUCCUGGCA